UUCUCAACCCAAAUUCUCCGUUUUUCCUACUCUGUUUUCUUAAAUACAAAGCUAAUUGAUUAACCAGACAAACAACAGACAAUAUGGGCACUUCCUCUCUUUCUUUACUAUUCCUCCUGUCUUUCCUUCUCCUCCUUCCGUCCCUCUUUGCCUCCUCAAAUCCCCAAGCUGUUGUAGAUGAAGUACAUAGGAGCAUAAAUGGUUCGAGGAGGAAUUUAGGCUUUCUUUCGUGUGGUACCGGAAACCCGAUCGACGAUUGCUGGCGUUGUGAUCCAAAUUGGGAGAAAAACCGCCAGCGGUUAGCUGACUGUGCAAUUGGCUUUGGUAAAAACGCUAUUGGUGGCAGGGACGGUAAAAUCUACGUGGUGACAGACUCGGGUAACGACGAUGCCGUCAAUCCAAAGCCGGGGACUCUCCGGCAUGCGGUUAUUCAAACCGAACCGUUGUGGAUUAUUUUCGCAAGGGACAUGGUGAUCCAAUUAAAAGAGGAAUUAAUUAUGAAUUCGUUUAAAACUAUUGACGGAAGGGGCGCUAGCGUACACAUUGCUGGUGGUCCGUGUAUAACUAUACAGUACGUGACGAAUAUAAUUAUACACGGAAUUAAUAUACACGAUUGUAAGCAAGGUGGGAAUGCUAUGGUGCGGAGCAGUCCAUCGCAUUACGGAUGGAGGACUGUUUCUGAUGGUGAUGGAGUGUCGAUAUUUGGUGGGAGCCAUGUUUGGGUGGACCAUUGUUCUUUGUCUAACUGUAAGGACGGCUUGAUUGACGCAAUUAUGGGGUCUACAGCAAUUACCAUUUCAAACAAUUACAUGACACACCAUGAUAAAGUUAUGCUCUUGGGACAUAGUGAUUCAUAUACUCAAGACAAGAACAUGCAAGUCACUAUUGCUUUUAAUCACUUUGGAGAAGGUCUUGUCCAAAGAAUGCCAAGAUGUAGACAUGGUUACUUCCAUGUGGUGAACAAUGACUACACACAUUGGGAAAUGUAUGCCAUUGGGGGAAGUGCUGAUCCCACCAUCAAUAGCCAAGGGAACAGAUUUCUUGCCCCUGAUAUCAGGUUCAGCAAAGAGGUUACAAAGCACGAGGAUGCACCGGAGAGUGAAUGGAAGAAUUGGAAUUGGAGGACAGAAGGGGACCUAAUGUUAAAUGGUGCAUUUUUUACACGAUCAGGAGCCGGAGCUAGUUCAUCAAGUUAUAUUAAAGCUUCAAGUUUAAGUGCAAGGCCUUCUUCAUUAGUAGGCAACCUUGUGUCUGGUUCUGGAGUGCUCAAUUGCCGAAAGGGUUCACGUUGCUGAUUAUUAUAAUUAUUAUUUCCUAAAGAAUACACGAAAAAAAAAGGAAUUAAUUAUUUAACUAGGUUUUAUUCUACUAAAAAUUGGUUUUGAUUUUAAAAAAAGGAUGUAAUUUGAAGAAAAAACCAUUUAGUGAGGGUGAAAAAGAAAGGGAAAAAAAGUGUAGGGUUGUGCUUUUAUGGUCUUUUUCACUCUCUUCAAUUUUAUUUUUACUUUAAGCUUUUUUGACUUGAUUGUCAAAUACAACCUCGGUCUGCUAUUCUCAGCCAUUGGGACUUUUUGUUCUUGUUGGUUUUAGAGAAAUGCAAGCUAAGAAGUGUUGAUCUAUACAUCAAUAUAUGUAUUUAAUUUUGAA